AUGGCUACAAUACCAGUCAUCGUGAAGCACCAGGGCAAACGCUACGAGGUCGAUCUCGACCCGACGUCAAAUGGCGAAACUUUCAAAUUUCAACUCUACUCCUUGACUGGUGUCGAACCGGAACGGCAAAAGAUUCUUGUCAAGGGUGGUCAACUCAAAGAUGACACCGAUUUGUCUACUCUUAACGCGAAGCCAGGGCAGACGUUCAUGAUGAUGGGUACUCCAUCUGGAGCUGGAGGGUCUGCCGACUUGGGGCGCCCAAAAGAAGCGGUCAAGUUUUUGGAGGACAUGACAGAAGCAGAAGCAGCAAAGGCAGAGGGCGCUACUCCUGCAGGCUUGCAGAACUUGGGGAAUACUUGCUACCUAAACGCCACGCUGCAGACACUCCGAAGCAUCCCCGAGCUCCAGGAAGAGCUUUUCAAGUACAGCGCUUCUGGGACAGGCGACAGCUCGUUCCGGUUGGCGGAUCUGAGCAGUUUUGGCCUUGGAGGCUUGGGUGCUUCUAUGGACCUGACUGCCUCGUUACGUGACUUGUAUAAGCAGAUGUCCGAGACGCAGGAGGGGUUUCCGCCACUUAUGUUCUUGAAUGCCCUUCGAAACACAUUCCCUCAGUUCGCACAGAAGGCAAAGAAUGGCCAUGGAUAUGCACAGCAAGAUGCGGAAGAGGCUUGGUCGCAGAUCCUGUCGCAACUGCGGCAGAAGUUGAAGAUUAAGGAGGGAGAUAAGGAAAUUUCUUUUGUCGACAAGUACAUGGCAGGGCGGUUUGAAUCCGUCCUUGAGUGUGAUGAUCCGGCUGCCAAAGAAGCAGGGGAAGAGCCUGUCAAGACAUCUGAUGUCUUUCUCAAACUCGAUUGCCAUAUCGACAAGGAUGUCAAUCACUUACGUGACGGUAUUAUCGCUGGCUUGGAAGAAAAGAUCGAGAAGAACUCACCUACCUUGAACCGAGAUGCUAUCUACACGAAACGUUCACGUGUAGCUCGUCUGCCAAAGUAUUUGACUGUGCACUUUGUACGAUUCUUCUGGAAACGCGAGAGUCAAAAGAAGGCCAAAAUCAUGCGCAAAGUCACGUUUCCGGCAGAGCUGGAUGUUGUUGAAUUCUGUACGGAUGAGUUGAAGAAGCAACUAAUCCCCGUGAGAGACAAGGUCCGAGAGAUUCGUAAAGAUGAAGAAGACGCUGAGAGGGCCCGCAAGCGCCAGAAGAGAGCUCACAGACUAGAGGAGGAACGUAAGGCGCAAGAGGCGUCUGGCGCACCCGCGGAAUCUUUCCAGAAGAAGGCGUUGGAAGCUCAGGCCGAAGCUAACAAGGCCAACGAGAAGGAUACGGACACUGCCAUGACCGACGUUUUCAAAACGGACGAGGAAUACGAAGAGGAGAGGAGGCAAGCUAUCCUGGCGGCCAAGAAGGAGCUCUUUUCCCUGAUCAACCCGGACCUGGCGGCCGAUGACGGGUCCAACCAAUCGGGCCUGUAUGAGCUUCGUGGCGUGAUCACUCACCAAGGUGCCAGUGCUGAUAGCGGCCACUACACGGCCUAUAUCAAGAAACAGGAGCGGCUGGUGGAUGAUCCCCGGGCACCGGGUGGAAAGCGACGAGAAGAGGACGGGAAAUGGUGGUGGUUCAACGAUGAUAGGGUGUCCGAAGUCGACGCGGAGAAGAUUGAGACGUUGGCUGGUGGUGGUAAGUUGGCCCCCCUUCUUCCAGCUUGGGUCGAGAUCUGGAGCUCUGCUGACGUUGCUGACUCGCGAAGGCGAAUCGCAUUCUGCACUCAUCCUCCUUUACCGUGCCAUUGA